AUGCCAGAUACGUUGCCCUUUAUCAAUUUUAUAAAUUUCAAUCAGACUGGUACAUGCAUAUCGUUAGGAACAUCUCAAGGAUUUAAAAUCUUUAAUUGUGAUCCCUUUGGUAAGUUUUAUUCUGAAGAAUCUGGUAGUUAUGCAGUUGUGGAAAUGCUUUUUUCCACAUCAUUAUUAGCAGUGGUUGGUAUUGGUGAUCAGCCAUCUAUGUCCCCAAGAAGGCUCAGAAUCAUCAAUACGAAGAAACACUCCAUAAUCUGUGAAGUGACCUUCCCCACGUCAAUUCUUUCAGUAAAGAUGAAUAAAUCAAGGUUAGUGGUUCUUUUGCAAGAACAGAUUUACAUCUAUGAUAUUAGCAAUAUGCGGUUAUUACACACUAUAGAUACGAAUCCGAAUACAAGGGGAAUAAUGGCAAUGUCGCCCUCGUUAGAAAACUGCUACUUGGUUUAUCCAUCACCACCUAAAGUGAUUAAUUCUGAGAUAAAGACCAAUGCUACGACCAACAAUAUAAAUGUUACUAGUACGAGCGGUAGUAUACCACAACUACAGCAUCAACAUCAACAUCAAUUUGAUAGUAGCACUGGCCCUGCUGAAGAUGGAUUAGAUCCAUCGAGUGGUGAUAUACCUAUUCAAGAAGAAUUACAAUCUGAUCCUCAAAACAAGAAAAGUGGUAGCGGUAAUGUUAUCAAGAAUGGGGAUGUCAUCUUAUUUAAUUUGAAAACACUACAACCGACAAUGGUCAUUGAAGCACAUAAGGGUGAAAUUGCAUCAUUAGCAUUGAGUCUUGAUGGUUCAUUACUAGCGACGGCAUCUGAAAAGGGUACAAUUAUAAGAGUUUUCAACGUGGAAACAGGUAUUAAAAUAAACCAGUUUCGUAGGGGAACUUAUCCAACAAAAAUACAUUCCAUGUGUUUCAGUGAGGACAACCAAUUCUUAGCGGCAACUUGUUCAAGUAAGACAAUCCACAUCUUCAAGGUUGCGCCGGCAAAUGGGCGUCAAUCGGAAGUUCAUUUGGAGAAACACGAUAGCGAUGAUAGUACGAUAGAAGAAGAUGUAAUUGACAAUGCAUCGCAAACAAAUAGCAGUGUUGGUGGUGGUGGUGGUGGCAGCGGUGGUAAUGAAUCCAUAGAUGAAAUUUCCAGCAAUGCAGACGACCAGAGUUCGCUGGAGAGAUCAAGAGAACCGUAUGUGGAUGCAUCACGUAGAACAGUCGCUAGAAUGAUCCGCAAAUCUUCACAGAGAUUAUCAAGACACGCUGCUAAGACAUUGGGACAGAUCUUCCCCAUUAAAGUAUCAUCGUUAUUAGAACCUUCAAGGCAUUUUGCAAGUUUGAAACUGCCAGUAGAAAGUGGGCAUGGAAUUAAAAGUAUAACGGCAAUAGGGACACCGAUUGAAGUAGACAUUUCAGAGUAUCCAGAACUGUUUGAAUACCACCAACAGCCUCAUACUCAAGAAGAAUCAAAUCCGGCUCAACAGUUAAAUCAACAACAGCAAAAUUUGCAAAAUUUUGAAAAUACUUCGGUUCAAAUGCUUCCAAUAAGAGUAGUAACUUCUGAAGGUUAUCUCUACAACUACGUACUUGAUCCUGAACGAGGCGGCGAUUGUCUCCUGCUAUCGCAGUACUCGCUCAUGCUAGCCUGA